AGCAGGGGGAGCGGAGACGGUAAUCCCCCCCCCCCCAGUCCACCCCACCCCUUUCCAAAACCCAGAAACUGGUGGCAGGAGGGGAACAAAACCUCGUGGGACACCUGUAAUUCCCCUUUGGGGCUAAGCAUGAUUUAGGAUCUAAAUUCACACCCAAAUUGUGGAUAAUGAUGAAGAUGAUGACGAUGAGAAGCAGUUAUUAUUAAGACGGGGAUGUAGACGAGCAACCAAGCAGCCAAAUCUGCCUCGAUUGACGGUGACAGAGCGGUCGGCGGCACCACCAGCAGCAGCACCAGCAGCAGUCGGUCGGCGGAUGGAGAUGCGUUGUGAAGGCGGAGGGGUGGUGAUGAUGAUGAUAUAGCAGGUGCUGCAGGGUCGUGCCGCAUUGCCUGGCCGCUGCGGGCGACGCCGGGGAGACGGUGAUGCUGUCGUCGUCAUUGUGCCACAGAAAGAGAGUAGAGGCUUUGACAUGGAGGGACGCGACUGUCUGUCAGCUCUGAACCCAGGCCGCCCGGAUCUGCAGGUUGGAUGUACCGCCUGAAGCCUGGAGGACCUGAGUCAUGAUAUACAUGGUGGAAAUUUUACAAUAAAGUUGAAUUGUUGAAGGUUGAAUUGAAAUGUUUCUGUGCGUAAAAGUGAAUGGCCCAUUUGUUGAUAAUGCAUCAUUGGAUCAUCAUAGCAGCGGUAUCUGUGCCAGCUCAGGGUGGAUUACGUCUACAGAGCAGCAGGCCUCCAUCUGAAGUCAGCUUCUGAUCAGGAAACAAUACAGAAAAUCAUUUUAUAUACUUCACCCUGUUGCUGGUGGUAACAAUUGAUUCUGUUGUUUCACUGGAAGCUGGUGUGCUGUGGUCCCCCGUGGAGGGACAGCUGUUGCAAAAGAUGACUCACUUACAGGCUGGCCUCUCUCCAGAGACCCUGGAGAAGGCCAAGGUGGAGCUGAAAGAAAACCCUGAGACUUUACACCAGGACAUCCAGGAGGUCCGGGACAUGAUCAUCACCCGGCCGGACAUCGGUUUCCUCAGGACAGACGACGCGUUUAUCCUCAGAUUCCUCCGGGCAAGGAAAUUCAACCACUUCGAGGCGUUCCGGCUGCUGGCACAGUAUUUUGAAUACCGACAGCAGAACCUGGACAUGUUCAAAAACCUGAAAGCCACAGACCCGGGUAUCAAGCAGGCCCUGAAGGAUGGUUUCCCCGGCGUGCUCUCCAAUCUGGACAGAUACGGCAGGAAAAUAUUGGUGCUGUUCGCAGCCAACUGGGACCAGAGCAGAUACACAUUUGUUGACAUACUGAGGGCUAUCCUGCUGUCGUUGGAAUCUAUGAUAGAAGAUCCGGAGCUGCAGGUCAAUGGCUUCAUCCUCAUCAUCGACUGGAGUAACUUCACCUUCAAGCAGGCGUCCAAGUUGACUCCCAGCAUGCUGCGCCUGGCCAUUGAGGGGCUACAGGACAGUUUUCCUGCCAGAUUUGGAGGAAUCCACUUUGUGAACCAGCCCUGGUACAUCCACGCUCUCUACACGGUGAUACGACCCUUCCUCAAAGACAAGACCAGGAAGAGGAUCUUCAUGCACGGCAACAACCUGAACAGCCUCCACCAGCUGAUCCAUCCUGAGAUCUUGCCGUCAGAGCUUGGCGGGAUGAUGCCGCCGUACGAUAUGGGCACGUGGGCGCGAACAUUGCUGGACCACGCCUACGACGAGGAGACCGACUACUGCCCGGAGUCUUACACCCUGUCAGUACAAGACCUGGAGAGAGACCUGGAGAAAAACCUGUCCCCAAAAACCAUGAAGAGGUCUCAGUCGGUGGUGGAACCAGGCGUCCUGAAACGACCAGACAAAGUCAAGAGUGAAGAGGACAACAUGCAGCCACUGCUCUCGCUGGACUAAACCACAAAUUAAACAACAGGUCAAAAGCAUACCCAAAUCAAUAUUUACACACACAAACACACUGACUUACCUGUGCACCUGCUGAAAGCGACUCGCGCGCCCUGAAAACACCUUCCUCCAGAAAAUGUUGCUGCUGGAGUUAAAUUCUUGUUUCUCUUGAACUCAAGGAAAUCUAAAUGAACUAAUACGGAGCAGACAGAUGGCAAGAGAUGGGAAAGACGUUUCUACACAAAGAACAGCAUCCUAAGAGCUACUGAUGGUCUUCUAUAUAUUUAUUUAUUGUUAUUUGUCAAGUGCCAAUUCGAAAAAACUGUAAAUUAACGUAUUUGAACAAUCCAGCCCUUCAGUGUGGAGCAAGGAAGCAGAACAAACAUAAGUGCAAAGAGAAAGACUUGUGAAGGUGCCACAUAUGUGCAAAAACAAUGUUUCCUACGAGUUGUAUAGUAUAUGAGUGAUGGGCAAUAUGAAAAACUGAAAAUGAUGCUUCAAAGAGGGCUUGGGGCCACAGUUUCCAAGCUGCAAUCUUUUUUCUUCUUUGUACAGUAAUUUGAAGAAAACACCCCAUAUGAUCGAGAAGCACGGCUCAGGAUUAGCAGAAGUGACAAUUACAAGCUUGGUUAACCUCCUGGACACAAAACUGGCAGACAGGCAAGCACUGGGUUUAUUGGGAGUUUACUGAGGGGUUAGUGGGUGUCUUUCCUGUGAAAAUAAUGUCUUAACUAUCUGAACCUGGUCCAGUUAUCUCUAAGAAAAGCAAACCCCCCUUUACUGUAAGAGCUGGCUCUAUGAAUUAUGUAGGGUUUUUUUUUUCUUUUGCCCAUUUUCUCUCCGCCUCUUUUUAAACAGUGACUUACAUCAUCACAUAUUUGUUUGGCUGAAGAUAACCAAAAUUUAUAUAGGUAGUUUGUCAAGCCAGACAAAUAAAUAAGCCAAAAUUUUAUUUUAUAAAUGCAGAGAAAGGGCAAACAUAUCACCCUCUCCUGUGUCUUUGUGACACUUUUGUUAUAUUUUUGGCAAUAGAAUAGAAUAGAAAUGGUCAAACUUUACCACAUUAUCAACAUCUGCUUUUAAACAUGUCAGUAUUCUAAGAUUUAAAGAAGUACGUAUUGUAAUGGUAUAUUUUGCAUGUUUUAGACCAUUUACUAAAAAUCACACUCCUUUAUUUGCAUUAUUUCAGUAUGUUAUUGGUGUUUCAUAAUGCAGCAAAUCAGUAUUGGUGUUAGUUUAUAAUCUUAACUUAUUAGCUGUCUCCUGAGCUGAACUACAUCUCACCUUCAACUAUUAAUUCACAGAUUUAACUGAAAAUGUAGUAUCAUCAUCUGAUAAGAAAAUUACUUCUGUACCACCAUCAGGCAAACUAGUUUCCAGAGUGAUUUGAGUGCAAGAAGAAAACUCGCAUAUAAAAAUAGUAAAUAUGCAAAUGCUCUCUGGCAGCAGACUCUUAAAGGUGCCCUGUGGAGUUUAUGACCACUAGCAGCUCUGUUUUCUUUGUAUCAGGUGAUGUGAUUCACAUUCCUGCCAUUAGUUUCACACUACUCCAGUUAUCGACAGUUGGCAAGGCAACACACAGAGAGGCAUAGUAAUGCACCAACAAAGAACUUUGUCUGUUCAAACAUGGCUUUUUGAACUCUUGUUGAGCAAUUUAAAAUAUUCAAAUAAUCAAUCGGCUUUGCACAUUUUACAAGGAAUGAAAAGCGCUCAACACGUUGGUUUGAACUCAAACACACUGUAUGUAAAUAUAACUUGUUUGUUUACAAGAAAACUCCACAGGGCACCUUUAAGUCUCAAACAUCAGAGCUUUCUGACAGCAUUAUUUCAGUGCAUUUAUCAUUAAUUCUAUACAGAGGUGUUUUGUCUAGGUUAAGUUUUAUCUAACUAUUUUAUUACUAUCACAUUUUUAUUUAAAUUCUGCAGCCAAACACGUUACUUCUGCAACGGUAGAUAGAGUAGGAUAUUUAACAUGACCGACGUUAUUUCUGUUUGCUUCACGCACUUUUUUUAUGCUGUACUGACUUCCCAAAAAAACAUCUGUGUAUGAAACUGGCACCAGGUGAAGGUGUUUGAGACAGUGUAGUUUAGGCUCCUUCAAAUCAACAUUUCACUACAAGUUUAUUUUGUGAAAUGCAAAAGGUAUGACAACCGAAUGUUAAGAGGGUAGACAGGCCAGCAGAGAGGAAAACUGCGACAAUAAUGGCCAGAGCAGCAGAGGAAAAGCCACUCAGGCUGACAGGCACGCAGCCGAGCAGAUCACAGAAAGGCCGGCGGGCAGGAAGGGUGAGGUGGCCGGCUGCAACGAGAGCAGACAGCUGGAAUGUUAAACUAUCACACCAGCGUACAUGACAUGUCAACCCCACUUACAACAGCUCGGAGGCUCUACCCUGUACGGAGUCGAGUUAGACUGCGGCCUCGGUGGUUCCUUCUGUGGCUCAGUGUGAUCUGUCUGGUUCCACCGCUAUUUAAAUCAGAGUGAGAUGGAGAUAACAAUCUGCCACAUGUGAUGGUGAUAUUGUCAUAUUAUUUAAUACAGUCAGUCCUCUGAGGAAAGAGAGCAGUUUGGGAAACUUGUUGGCUCAUUUGUGUUACUCGUUAGGCUGCAGAAUAAGUCCAGUACAAUGAGUCGGCCACCAUUUAUGCCACCCUAACUAUCUUGAAAUGAAUGUUCUGUUUGAAUUUGCCUGAUAGUGUCACCCCUAAAAUGUAAUUAAGAUUAACAUUAAGAUGAUUAAUCGUAUUCAUGUUUUAUAAAAAAAUAAAUAAAUAAAUAAAGGCUUCUCAUUUUGCAUUAGAGCCAUUACUGUUUCAGUUUAAAUCAAUCUCGCACUUACUGUAGGGGAAAUUUAGAACUGCCAGUUUUGUGCACAUCAGAGAGACUGUAAUAAACUGUGCGUCAAAUGUGAAAACAGAAAAUCAUGUUCAUCAAGUGUUUUAAAAUGAUUUCCGUGCAUUAGUACAUAUCUGACACGUAAUUUUUCCCAGUUAUAACACACAUGCAGUUGAACAUUUACAGGCAGCAAAAUCAGGUUUCAGUUGAGCUGUUACAGUAUCGAUGUCAGUCAGAAGUAAACGUGAAGGAAACCACAGAUUAGUACCAUAAACAGGGACACAAACACAUACACACAGCCACUGUAGAUGCUUCCAGUUGUUAGGAUGCAAAGUUUACAUUAAAUAAACAUCUGUAUAUUGCUUGAAUAUAGCAAAACUGAGUUUAGCGGAGUCUCACAGAGAACGUCCUGCAGGUUCACUGAUUAUUUUAAGGUUGCAGUACUAGAGGUUAAUAUCAGAGGCUGCUUUGUUCUGUUGUAAAACGUAUUGUAUGUAGAGGAACUUAAACACAAUUACACACAGGUAAAGAUUUUAAGUUUAUUACAAAUAUAUUUUAUCGGGUGAUGCUUUUGCUUUAAGGUUUUUAAAAUGGUUUUUUUUGUCAGUAUUUUAUUGAAACUGUUGUCUACCUUGUUUAAUACACAGGUGACAGAUUGGUAUAUGUUGUAUGAAAUGUAAAGAGUUUUUAUUUACAAAAAAUAGAUUCAGCAUUUCGAAUGUUCUCUCUGUGCUGUUGUAAUGUCUUUCUUGCUGACCCUGGAUCAAAGUAUUGCUGAACACAUUUCAGAAACAUGUUUUGAAACCAGUAUUGAUGACUUUCACAUUUUAAAAGCCACCCAGGAAGCCAUCCUGGAGGUCCUCAAUGAUUUCUCUAAAAUUCUGAUUCAACAAUCUUAACAAAAGGGAACACAAAUGAUGCAUUUCUGUGCUGGUUUUGAGUGGAAACUGCAUUUCUGUCACCAAAACUUUUGUCUUUGCAUUUAUUUAGCUAAACAACAAUGUCUUAUAAUAAACACAUUGAUUUUUCACUUCAGCUUAGAUGAAAGGAAAUGUAAAGCCGACAUACUGUUAUUCUUCCAUUCAAAAUAAGGUGUCACAAUCACGUACAGACUGCAGAGAAAUAUUAAUGCAACAUGCAAGCUGAGAUUUGCAGCUUGAGGUCAUUUCUGCUUCCGUUAACUUUGGCUUCACUGACCCAUGCAUGGGCAAACAGGAGCCCUGAAGGACAGAUUUACCUGCUCACAAAUCGCUUUUGUGAGAAGGGCCUGGUCAGCUGUUUGGAGCAAGAAAAUUCAUAUUUCUGUGGUGAGCAAGCAGUGGUAAAGCACUAAAACACGUAUAAAUCAAACAGGUUCACCCCAAGCAUAGCCUGGUUUAAGCCUUAUUAGCUUCCUUAUGUAAUAUUAAUUCUUAAUUAAGUCAUAAAUUGUGAAAUUAACUUUUUAUACAUCACCUUGAUGUGUGAAACUAUUGCUUUUUUUAUUCUGAGACCGAGCCACUAAUUUUAAUACAGUCAGAGUGACCACAUCUAAAGGUACUAAUAUGUUAAUUUCAACUUUCAGCCUUGUUGGUUAUUGCUUGGUGUGAGGUUUCCAGCUCCACACUUUCCUUCAGACUACAAACAGCACAGAAAACUGAACUUAUAUUCCGACCAACAUAGCACGUGAUCACAGGAAUAAUAUCCACACCACACUAAAUAUUACAUUCCAAGACCAGUACUCACACCUAUUUCUUUCUGUUUCCAUCCAAAUGUAAUGUAAAUUGAAAAUGUGCAUAAAAACAGGUCCAUCUAAACACACCUGACUGCUUUUACGCCAAAGCUUUCUCACCUUCUCCAGUAUGUACUGUAGCCCAAAACAUUAUAUUGACAUCAUAUCUUGUUGGUGGGACUGAAUUACUUUGUAUGGGAGAAUAACAACGACAAACUUUACAUUUCAUCCAGGAGCUGUGAAUUGUUUUUGGAUGUGCAUGCUCUUUAACACAUGAUUAAAAUACAGUAUUUGAAAAUAUAGAUUUGGUAUUUUUAAAUAUGAUUACUCUGUUCAUUUUAACUUUAUUUUGGUAUACUGAUAUAUAUAUGUAAUAAUCCUAUGUGCUGCAUUCAUAUGGUUCAUUUGUCAAAAGGGGAAAAGUCAAUGUCUAAUUUCAGUUAUGCACAUGCACACACACUGUUUUGAGUCUAACAGCCAACCUAAACUACGCUGAACUACAUUUUCAAAUUGACAGAUGUGUACUGUAAAACUGGCACCAGUUACAGUUCAUGCACUGGAAAGAUCAGUUAGUGUUCAAAUGUUCACAUGAAGAGGUUUUUAUGGUGAUAAAAAAAACGCCAACUGUGCGAAUAAUUUCACACAUGGAAAAUUUCAAUUAAUCAGUCCCAUUUAUCUGAUUUAUUAAUUAAUGUUGAAGCACUUAUCUUCACAAUACUGCAUCAUUAUGGAAUCAAACUCUAUCACAAGCCUUGCCAAUGUACUGCAGUUUUUACAACGAUGUAGUUUCUUGUAAGAGAUUGGACUUGAGAUUUAUUUCUCAUUGACUAAUGUCUGAUUUAUCUCCACCAAAGCCACCUCUUCCAUUAAAAAUCCAAUGUAUUGCUUCUUAUCAUAAUUAAGUAUAUGUGCUUUGAGGAUUUUGACACUGAAUGACAUUUUUUUAAUGACUAAUAAUUUUCAGAAAAUGAAUGCAUAACUUUCGGUUGGUGAUAUAUUUAUUUAAUUUCCAUAUCACUGUUCUUUGAUUGUAUAGUUACAGUAGGAGCUGCAGGGAGACCAAACUCAAAACUGAAUUGUGAAGUUAUUAUGGAAAGCCAGUCUAUUUUAGGAGCAAAUACUGUUCAGUUAGCAGGUGUUAAAUGUGUAAAUGUCCUCAAAGACAAUUUGCUGAAAUGCAUUAUGUGAAACAAGCAAAAUAAAUAUGGACACACGCAGUUUUUCUUUCUCAUUUCUCUUUUUUACUAUCUCAUUUCUCUUAUUUUGGUGUCUUAAGACUUGUCUCACCACUUCAACUAUUUCUGUCCAUUAACAAUCAGUACAUAGUAUUUGGCAGUAGAGACAGGAGCUUGAGAUGUAACGAUCCUACCUGCAGCUACAGUGAAUCCCUAAUCAAGACUAUUACCUGUUUCCCGUUGUUUAAAGUCACUUAAGUUAGGCACUGUACAAUUUUAGAAGUAACGAGUAAUUUGUUUGUGAUGUAAAGCCAAAGGUCAGAAUUUACAUACGUAUCUUAUUGUCAAGCCAUGACCUGAGUGCUCACACUGUACGUGUAUAAAAUAGGCUGUCAGCCUGUCAGCCCUGCAGACAAUCUGGCUAUUGACAUUUGUCAAUAAAGAUUUGUUUGAAAGCCCAGAUGCAGGCCAAGACCCCACUGAGGUUAAAUAGCUGAGUUUCCCUGCCAGUCAGUCAGAACUGAAGAAGUCCUUUGGAUGAGGGACGAAACGUCUUCCAGUAUCUUCAACCAAGUCCAGUUGCCCUUGAUUUUAACCUUCGUUGGAUACAGAUGCAGGUAGAAGUUUGUUUGCUAGCAAUAAUGCUAACAAGGCAGAAAUGUACUCCCUUGAUCAUCUGUGCCAUCCUGUGUGCCAAAACGUACAAAAAUAAAUAAAUAAAACAGAGGCGUAGGUGGCUAGGAUGAUGUGGACUGUAUAGCUUGUCCAUCGUUAUCGUUGCUCUGCUUCAACUGUGCGACAGGCUGACAACAGCCGACCGAAAUUUCUGACAUGCAAGGCAAACAACGCCGGACAAAAUUGAAAUUCAGCCCGACUCUAAAAUUAGUAGUGGGGCUCGAAAAUCAGGUCAAAAAUGGACCCAAAUCGUGCAGUGUAUAAACAGCUUUAGGCUGAAAGCCAUGUUAAAUUGUAGUCGUUGUAGUAGCAGCAAUAUAUAAUUCACAAUUUACAUGGAAAGUACAUCUGAUAUUUUUAAACCUGUGUCAUAGAAAUGGGACUAGAAUUGUUUCAAUAUCAUUGUGCAAAAUCUUUCAAAUAUCAAAUGAAAAAAUAAAAUUGUGAAAGAAUAAAAACUGUU